GCUCAGCCGUCCCUCCUGAGUGAGUUUCACCAGCAACUUUAAGGUGUUUUCAUCCAUUCUGCUCGGGUUUAAAACCCUACUGCUGGACCAUGAGGUGUUUUACUGAGCAAAUUGACAGAAACUGUCGAGGACACGCUGGAUGGAAGUGUUUACAAGCAGGAGAGCAGCGGAAGAAAUUAGAUGGCCGACCAUGACGUUACACGGCGCUCCUUACUCUGGGAAUAAAAAAGAGCGGCUCAUACUGACACAGCAGAAGAAAAGAAAAUCCAGUCUCUGGCUGCAUGACAGUGAGGAGUAGAACCCUGGUGAACUAGAGGAGUCACAUCUGGUUGGAGGAAGGGGAGAAAAGAAAAAGAGGGAGGCUAAGCUGGGUUGUUUGCAUGAGUUAUUCUCAUGUGUUUCACAAUUUUACAACAUGGACUGUGAAACCCAGGGAUAAGACAAAGAAUACCCGUCUUUUUCUGACGCUGCUAAAAGUAAAUAUGAAAUAUGCCUCUCCUGAGAAAACUCAAUCAGGUCAUCCUGGUGCUGCUGUUGCUGCUGCUGUGGUUGCUUCUUCAUGCCACCCUACAGAGAGCCUCCAGUCAACCCAGACAAGGUCACAAGACGAGCCUUAUUGGUCCAGCACACGUCCUCCCAGUCGGACAGUCAGAGGACGAUAAUGUCGUCCCUGUUGUGAUCUGCGCUUCUGAGGAGCGGAUGGGUGCAACCAUGGCAACCAUCAACAGCAUCAUUAGUAAUACUGAUACAAGUGUUUUCUUCUACGUUGUAACUCUUCGUGAUGCUGUGAAACUCAUAAGGACGUACGUAAAAAGGAGCAAACUGAGUGCAAUCCACUAUAAGAUAUUAGAAUUUAACCCCAUGGUUCUACGAGGAAAGGUGAAGCCAGACUCUUCUCGGCCUGAGCUCCUGCACCCACUCAAUUUUGUGCGAUUUUACCUUCCUCUGCUGGGAAUCAGCCACAAGAGGGUGAUCUACUUAGACGAUGAUGUCAUCGUUCAGGGUGACAUCAGGGAUCUGUACGACGUAAAACUGAAAGCAGGACAUGCUGCAGCUUUCGCUACAGACUGUGACCUUCCCUCCACACAUGAGAUGGUCCGAAGCAUCGGCAUGCAGACGACCUACAUGGGCUUCCUGGACUACAGGAAACAAGAAGUCAAGGACCUGGGGAUCAGCCCCAGCGACUGCUCUUUCAACCCUGGAGUGUUUGUGGCCGAUAUCACAGAGUGGACGAAGCAGAAGGUCACCAAACAGCUGGAGAAAUGGAUGGAGGAAAAUGUCAGAAAGAACAUUUACAGCAGCGCCAUGGCAGGAGGGGUGGCAACUCCACCCAUGCUUAUUGUUUUUCAUGACAAAUACACAACGCUGGACCCUCUAUGGCACGUCCGACACCUGGGCUGGAGUCCAGACGCCCGCUAUUCUGAUGGUUUCCUACAAGAGGCUCACUUGCUGCACUGGAACGGCCCGUUCAAACCGUGGAAUUAUCCUGCUGUCCACCUGGAUCUGUGGGAGAGGUGGUUCGUCCCAGACCCCUCCGGAAGAUUCUUGCUGUCCCGGCCUGAAAGGGACAGCUGAGACCUGCAGAAGGCUCUGGAUUGGACCUUUUUGGUAGAAACAUGAAGCACACAGUGAUUUUUG